GUCCCAAUCGACGGUCCCAAGCCAUAGCUGUUACUCUUCCACUCACCGAUGUAUCCCCAAUUUCCGUGAAAAAGAUAAGCAGUGAAUCUUUGUUUCCGAAACUUUACUCUCGCCUAGGAGAGACGGAGAGAGGGAGAUAGAAGACUGUCGGUGAGAUCUGAGUUCUGUGUUAAGGAAAUGGGAGAAUCGAUGGUCUGGGAAGUGGAAUGGGCAGCGUGAGGAGCGGUGGGGAGAGUAUUGGAGCAGAGAUAUGGGGCCGGGGAUCGCGCCUUCCAGAAGCUGGGUUGAAGCGUAUAGUGGGAUGUCGGCAGAUAAUGUAAAGGGGCUGGUGCUUGCACUUUCCUCAAGUUUCUUCAUUGGCUCAAGCUUUAUUGUUAAGAAAAAGGGGCUGAAGAAGGCUGGGGCAUCUGGAAUUCGGGCAGGUGUUGGAGGCUAUUCCUAUUUAUUUGAACCACUUUGGUGGGUAGGAAUGAUUACAAUGAUCGUUGGAGAAAUAGCAAAUUUUGCUGCUUAUGCGUUUGCUCCAGCUAUUUUGGUUACUCCUCUUGGUGCACUUAGCAUUAUAAUCAGUGCUGUGCUAGCUCACAUUAUUUUGCGGGAGAAGCUACACGUAUUUGGUAUUCUUGGUUGUAUACUUUGUGUCGUGGGGUCAACUACAAUUGUACUUCAUGCACCACAGGAGCGCAUGAUUGAAUCUGUGAAACAAGUAUGGGAUUUAGCUACUGAGCCAGCUUUUCUAGUCUACGCAGUUAUAGUCAUUGCUGCAGUAUUUGUACUUAUAUUUUAUUUCGCGCCUCAGUAUGGGCAAACACAUAUAAUGGUGAACAUUGGUGUUUGUUCUCUUGUAGGUUCGUUGUCGGUAAUGAGCGUUAAAGCUCUUGGAAUUGCCUUAAAGUUGACAUUUUCUGGGAUUAAUCAGUUAGUAUAUCCCCAAACUUGGACCUUUUCGAUAGUUGUCGGCAUAUGUGUGCUUACUCAGAUGAACUAUUUAAAUAAGGCACUUGAUACAUUCAAUACAGCCGUAGUUUCUCCAAUAUAUUAUGUGAUGUUCACAUCGUUCACUAUUCUGGCUAGUGUGAUCAUGUUCAAGGACUGGGAUAGGCAAAAUCCAACCCAGAUUUUAACAGAGAUGUGUGGAUUUGUAACAAUCCUCUCUGGUACAUUUCUUCUUCACAAAACCAAGGACUUAUCUGAUGGCAUUGUUGCAUCAUCCUUACCCGUUCGCCUUCCUAAGCAUCUAGAUGAGGAUUCAUUUGCCUCAGAAGGGAUUCCUCUCACACGCCAGAACAAUUUAUGAGAUCUACUGAUGUUGUGAUUCAAAAGCUUACCCACCCAGGCUGCAGAGCUCUUAAAAUCCUGAUUGAACGAGUACUGGGACAUUAUUUCUGUAAGUGAUGGAAGGGUAAAAAUGUGUUCUUUGGCUCCAUAACUUGAGAAAGUUUGGCUUCCAUCUGCGGCGGAAAUAUCGGUGAAUAUGUGGAUUGGGUAUUCUUUGCAUUUCUCUUUGAUAAGCAGCAGCCAGCGUCCAUGUAUCUACCUUGGAAAUAUUCUUUAGGGUAAAUCAUUCUUUGUGCUUUUUGGCUUCCACCAUAUUGUAACAUGAGAC